ACCACCAGUCAAAUGAAAACCAAACGACUUUACUUGAAUAAAUAGAAAAAAAAACAUAUCCAAAUCCAAAAUCCCAGUCUCCAAUAAAUAAACCGAAGCAAAAUUGCAAUUUUGAGAAAUCUCUGCUCCCACGCCGACCUAAAUUUUCAAUUGUCGUCAACAAAAUUACACCCGCGUUUACUGCAAUUCGACAGGGAUGGCAGAGGUGGAGCAGCCGGAGUCGCCGCCGCGGCCGUUUCCCGCGAGGUCACCGGAGUUUCCGCGCGAUCAAUUUCAUGCAGAUCGUUUCUCGCAGAUGUAUAAUGGCACCUCCUCGAUGCAUAAUGGCGCCACCUCUGCUAAUGCAGACGAUCCUAAGUCGUGCUUUAUUGCUUCGACCACAUUCUCGUUUUUUGUAGCCAUAACUAUGGCGUUUGGACUGUAUUCCCCUGAGCAUUUACGUCUUGGACCCAAUGCAUCUAUAUUGAUACAGCCCAACACCUUGUUUGUGGAGUCCAUAGAGGUGGUAGAAGUUGGUGCAGCCAAAAGUUCGAUGUUGUUUGGAUUUUAUGAAGUUCCAGCCCUUGAUGUUAUGGUUACAUGGCAGGAGACUCACAAGAUCUCUCUGCCUUCCAAUACCCACAAGGAAUGGGUGCAUUAUUUGAAUGGAGGAUCUCAAAUUAAUGUAUCUUAUAGUGUUACCUCAUGGGGCUUCUCUUCUAUAGGUCUUGUGAUUGCUCAAGGGAAUGCUGAGCUUGCUGAGUGGCUUAAAGACCCAUCAUAUCCAAAUACAACCUUUUCAUGGAAUAUAAUUCAUGUUAUUGUUGCAGAAAAUGGCUCAAUUCAGAAGGAUAUCUUGAAAUCUUCAGCAUAUUACACUGGAGUUGGUAACUUGAAUCCUGAAAUUUCCUUGGUUGAUUUAAAUAUGUCAAUAAAGGCAUCUAUGUACGACACGACAAAACCAUAUUACAAGUGUAGACCUGCAGAUGGUAAAUGCACUUUCCCACUGUUUUUCAUGGGUGCAAAUGCAGUUGUUCUUACAUCUCCUGGUCAAGUUCCUGGUAUUGUCAAUGGUAAUUGUUAUGUCAAAAUUUCAUAUGGACCUCGCUGGAUUGCAUAUGUCGUGGUAGCAGGUGGGUUGAUUCUUCUAAUGCUACUCUUCAACUACUUCACGAACCACCUCCGGCGCACCGAGCAAGAUAUGCCAAGCAAUCCGCCUGUUGGCAUUGGAUCUGAGAGAAACCCUUUGCUUUUGCAAAAAGAUGAUGACACCUCUGCCUCAGAGGGUGGAGAUCAUGAAGGUGAUGCACAAGCUGGUGUUGAAGCAAACCCGGUCAAAGGUGAUGAAGAUUGCGGCCAUACUUGUGCUAUUUGCUUUGAAGCUCCCAAGGAUAGUUUCUUUAUUCCAUGCGGACACUGUGUAGCUUGUUUUGGAUGUGCAAAUAGAAUAGUGGAAACUUCAGCAACCUGCCCUAUUUGCCGGGGGAAGACCAAAAAGGCGAAAAAGAUAUACACUGUUUGAACAGUGCUGGAGCCUCUGUUGUGCUUAUACACUACAUUAGGGUUAGUAUCUGUAUAGUAUCAGACCUUAAGUAGAAAACCAGUGACUUUUACACCCUUUUCCUUUUUGUUUCAUUAUGAUGUAUUAUUUAUCUGGAGGAAGUGUGUACAUGAACAAACACUUUUCAACCAUCAGUAAAUAUGAAGGUUUGAAUCU